CUUUAUCUUCACGACUAGGAAAGAAAGUUAGCAGCAGUUGAUCAGCCGAAGUUACGCCACAAUAUUCCACUUCCACCCCUAAACUUUCAAACCCUAAAGUAAAAAUUAUUCCUUUCCUCCAACCCAUAACCACUCACCAAAAAUUCAUAUCUAUCCAUGUAGGUACGAACAAAAAGGGGAAGAGAGAGAAGAGAAUGACAAUCAAUGGUGUUUCUUUUGCUGAAAAAGAUUUCAAUUAUGGAGUGUAGCUGAAGAACCCACAAGGAAAAGACCCACAUUGCUGGAAAUUGUUUUCUGCUGAUGGGAAAGGAAGAAAAUUUGCAGCAUUUGGAGGGUACAACACAUAAUGCUCAAGGCACAACCCCUGCUGCAGGGAGUAGUAGUGGCUGCUGCUUGAGCUGCACUAGUGUUAGAAAUUUAGUGACCUUGAGAUGUGUUCUUGCUUUGGUUCUUGGCUUUGGGGUGCUUCUGUCUGCUCUUUUUUGGUUGCCAUUCUUUCAUUUUGGAGAUCGUCAAGAUCUGGAUCUGGAUUAUCAAGGUUAUGAUGUCAUCGCAAGUUUUAUGCUGAACAAGUCAGCUUCUUAUCUCUCAGACUGUAAGUUGCAACUUGAGAAUGAUAUUUUUGAUGAGAUUCCCUUCUCCAAUACUAAGGUGGAAAUAAUAAGCUUAGAGCCAGCUGGACCAAACACGACAAAGGUUGUGUUUGCGGUUGAAUCUGAUGCAACGACACGGAGUUUAAUUAGAGAACAUUUUGUGUAUCUAAUAUCAAAUCAGUCAGCUCUUACCUUGACUGCACCUUUGUUUGGGGAUACCUUCUCGUUCGAUGUCGUAAAAUUUAAAGGAGGGAUUACUGCCAGUCCAGAUCAGAAGGCAUUCCUUUUGCAGAGUGUUAAGAUUCCAUUCAAUUUUACCUUGAACUUCUCCAUUGAUGUACUCCUCAAAAAUUUUGACGAACUCACGAGCCAACUCAAAGUGGGCUUACGGUUAACUCCAUACGAGAAUUUGUAUAUUCGGCUCACUAAUUUGAAAGGCUCCACUGUACGUCCGCCUACAACAGUUGAGUCGCAAGUCGUGUUGGCCGUGGGCAUGAACCCCUCGAGAUUAAAGCAAUUGGCUCAAACUAUCACAGGUUCACACUCUAAGAAUCUUGGUCUGAACAAUACCGAAUUUGGUCGGGUUAAGCAAGUUCGUCUCUCGUCAAUCUUACAACACUCCCUCGGCAAUGACAAGGGAAGUCCUUCACCAUCACCUUCUCCUUCUCAAUCUCCUAUGUCGAAAUCCCGCCACCGCCACCACCACCACCACCACCAUCACCCUGCUCCUGCUGUCUCGCCUUCUCCAUCGACAGCUCGUGGCGGGUCUUUCAGUGGGAAAGGAUCACCAGUACCUACGCCUGCAUCAGCUCCUGUAAAAGCCAGGGAGCCUCCGUGCCCUUUUGGUCACAAUAACUGGUAUCCGUGGAAGCACAAGCAUCCUCGGAUGGCGCCUACUGCACCACCAGUUUACGCACCAUACAUUGCUCCAUCACAGCCAAAGCAAAUGCAUAAGACAGCACCAAGAAUUGCUCCAGCUACCGCAGAACGUCCAUCUCCUAGUGCAGCUCAUACUCAUAACCGGGCCCCCUCACCAAGUCAACAUCGUGCUAGGCCUCUGGACGUGAUGUCAAUAACAUCACCCUCUCCAUCUCCAUCUUCUGCAAUAAAGUUCUCCCUCAAACCAUGGAUUCUGCUGUUAUUUACAUUGCUCGGCAUGGCUUUGUAGCUACAGAGAGCGUCAGGGCUCGUUUUGGUUAGAGCAGGUACUGCACGACCACUUCAAAAACAGCUUUCUGAAUCGAAGUUUUACUGGUGAGAGCAACGCCCAAAGUGGCUUACCUCACUGUGAGUGCAUAUACGUUGUUGCCUUGCUCGCACGUGUAAAUAUUUGAGUAAAAAAAAAGAACUCAGUAGCUAGACAGCACGAAGGUCAAAGUCUCGGGUGACAGGCCUCUCGUGGUGUUGCAAUGCCACUGAUAUAUGUAUGAUAUCUCUUCUGCAUAAAUAUGAGUAGGGAAAACCAACAAAUGUAAACAGCACCCUUUACUUUUCCUUGUUUCUUUCUUCUUUUUUGGUUUCUAAUCUGGUACUUGUAAGCAACGAUUUCUACAGAGUAGUCUGUAAUUUAUCAGCUGGGAGCUUAGCAGCUGAGGAAGCAAUAAGAAAUUGUUUCUUCUUUGCUAUAAAA